AUGGAGUCCGAUGUAACAGUAACUAAUGCUUGGGUUCAUCGUCGAUUUUUUCUUUCGAAUCUUCGUUCUGCUUCUCGAUUAUUUUGUUGUAAUACGUCGGAUGGAUUUACUUUCGGACAAAUUAAUCUCGACAAUGAUGAACUCAUCUGCGAACCAGUCGAUACGAAUCAUUUCGGUUUUCAAAUCAAUCACCUAUGCUGGCUUCCAUACACAACACAUCGACCAUCUCAGAAAGAGAUCAAAGUUGGUUUAACUACAUUACCAACUGCUAACCGCACUGAACAAAUGUCAGCGGUUUAUCACACGGAACCAGAGAAUUCUAUGCAAAACUUACGAUGGCUCGAUGGAACUACCCAUUUGACACCAUUGUCCAUGGACUAUAGCAAAUCGUUAGACCAAAUAGCAGUUGGUCAUUUGAAUGGAACUGUUAAGAUAUAUAAUCCAUCCCAAUCACAAUUAUGUCACGAAGUGACCUUUGCUAAUCACGGUGUGCUUCAUAAGAUCGAAUGGAAUCCAAAAGAAUCUCCUCUUUUGCUUCUUGCACAUCAAAACCGGCUAAAUAUCUUUGAUUGUCAACGAAAAACUAUUAAUUUAUCAUUGAAUAGCACGGGAAAAGAACAUAUCGCAGAUUGCACAUGGAAAAGCAAUGAUGUUCUUGUCGGUCGUCAACGACAACAAAUACUUAUUUGGGACAAACGAAUUAGUCGUGAACCAAUUCGAAACGAAACCUUGGACAUAUUUGGCCAUCCGGAAAAAUUAAAAUGCAGUUUAGCAUCACCGAAUCAUUUGCUUUCAUUGUACGAUUCUCGCCUAUCGAAACUAAAAAUUUAUGACUUUCGCUAUCUUACUAUGCGGCAAGUCGAAUCUUUCGAUGACCUAUCGUCAUCAUUUCUUGAUUAUCACUGGACGGUUGAUCAAAUGGCUAUUGUUGUCGCUACACAUCAAGGCCAACUACAUUGGAUUGAUGUAAAUGUUCCAUUGAAUUCGAAAGCGUUGAAUAGAAGAUAA